CAUAAAUAUGUUUUGCAAUCAUCAAGUAAUCUUCAAGAUUUCAAGUGGCAUUCAAGAUUUCAACUUGACAUUUUGACUAUAAUUCAACAUCUUAUAAGGCAAACAAAACCAAACACAUACUAAGAAUAAGUGAGGUAACACAAAAGUUUCAUUAACUUAAUCAAAAUGUGACAUCUAAGUAUACUUUACGGGACAUUUUAUACAAAAAUGCUUAUUCUCCUCAUUCCUUGUUUGCUUGGAUUGAUUAUCCAAUGCAAUGGCAACUCUGUUUGUGUUAGUGGUAGAAAAGGAGAGAAUGUAGAAAUGUCUUGUCAUAGAAGCAUCGACUCUAGAGGCACAAUCUUCUUGGAAACGGUCCAGGUUCAAGCGUCAACAGCAAGGAUGAAGUUUCGUGAGUUUACAUGUAACAGCGACAUAAAACAUGAAAAUUUUAGAGAUGAGUUGACAAAUUGCAACGGAAGACAAAAUUGUUCAAUUACAUAUAAACCGUUUAAUUUGAGUUGCCCAGACUGUCUAACUCCCGAUUGUAUAUACAAGGAGACAAUAUGCCCUAGUUGUUAUAAAACAUCUCAUAGAAAGAGAAAGUCUGAACCUAUAGAACUACAUUGCAAAGAAGCUCAUAGCACAAUACAAAUAAAAGCAGGAAUUAGUGGCUGGAGUGGAUCUGAAUUACAAACAAAUAUAAUACCUUCCUGCAUAGUAAAAUCAAUGCCAAAACAACAUCUAGAUAAUUACAAGCAAUAUUGUGAUGGAAAACAAAACUGUUCACCACAUUCUGAUCCAAUCGGUGAAUGUACUGCAAAUAAUCAAACCCAUGAGGCUGAUUAUGUGCAGAUCCUCUAUGACUGCAUACCACAUGUCACAAAAAUGACAACACCUAUUCAAUCUGUUGACAAAACAAGUUCAACAGCAGCGAAACAUAUUCAGACCAAUGGUGAAACAACUACAUCAACUAUAAAUACCCCAGAUGAGCAGCACCCACCAGUCUCUCAUAACACAACCCCAGAUGAGCAGCACCCACCAGUCUCUCAUAACCCAACCCCAGAUGAGCAGCACCCAACAGUCUCUCAUAACCCAACCCCAGAUGAGCAGCACCCAACAGUCUCUCAUGACAAAGAGAAGAAACAUUAUCACUACUCCAACAGCCCUGACAUAGUUACCCCUCUGUAUGUGAUUGCGGGUUUCAUUCUCACGUUGAUAAUUACACUAUGGGUGUACAUGUUCAUGCAAUAUCAAUAUGACAUCACAAAAAUAAGUAUGACCUCUGAAGCAAGACAAUACAUGCAACUGGAUAAUCAACCAAUUAGUCAUUCCAAUGAAACGAUACAGUAAUAACAACUACCAUUAUGAGAUGAGUUCAAAGGGCUAUCAACUGUACCUAGGAUAUCCUUAGCAAUGUGAAAUUUAAUGUGGAUUUAAAUGGCAUCAAAAAUGACAAUAUUGCCCUUUCUUGUGUAAAAGUUUCACCAAUCCCCUUUACUUAUGACAUCACUUCAUUUGAGUCCGUCUGAAUAGUAGCAAAUUGAUAUGAACAUUGGACAUAAGACAAGUGGUUUUAAAGAUAAUGUACAAUACAUUUAUGAUUAGAUAAUAAUGAUCAUAUUCACCUUUCCCCAAAGUCAGCUCAUGAAUAUUAUAAUUAGCAAAUCUGAAAUCUCUGACGUCAGAGUAGGGCAGAUUUUCGCGGGAAAAUCUAAACA